AAAUUCAUGCUUACAUUCUCGGAUCAUUUUCCAUAUCAGUAACCAAACAAAGAAGAAAGCUAGAUAUUUUGGAAGCACAUUUCAAGUAUAUCAAAGAAUGAAGAUCACAUUGGCAGCGGCAUUCGUCCUUCUCUUUGCCUUCAGCACAAAGCCACUGCUCGGAGGAUCAGCCGAUGCAAAACCGGAGCCAGUUCUCUCCGGCAGCAAAGUUCUCCGAGCAGAUCACAGUUACUACAUAAUUCCAGUUCCCCAGCCCCCAAGCGGCGGCCUUGAGCUUGCAAGCACUAGAAGAAAGUGCCCACUAGACGUUAUUACAGUGCAAGAGGAUCCAAGCCUACCAUCAUCCUUCGUUCCCGUCAACUCCAAGGACGGCGUGAUUCGUGUCUCUACUGAUCUCAACAUCGUGUUCAAUACUGACAGAGACACAGGAUGUCCUCAAUUCAACGUGUGGAAGGUCGACGACUACGAUAAUAGCACUGGACAGUGGUUCGUGACGACGGGCGGGGUUGUGGGGAAUCCUGGACCACAAACAGUGAGGAAUUGGUUCAAGAUUGAGAAGUAUGAAGAUGGUUAUAAGUUGGUGUACUGUCCAAGUGUGUGCAGGAACUGUAACAAGGUUCCGUGCAACGAUAUUGGGACGUACAUUGAUAGCCAUGGAUACGAGCAUCUUGUCCUGAGUGACGUGCCCUACAAAAUUCAAUUCCUAUGAUGUGGUUAGAAGGACUCAAGGACAUGAUUCUACUUGCUUAUAGUAGCUUUGACUGAUUUGCCUUACGAAGUUCAGUUUCAGUGAUCGAGCCUGAUGAAGGUCAUUUCAUCAACAAUAAGUUCAUCAAUAAUGUAAUUUGUUUGUCCUUAGAGGGACACUGUUUUAUUGCCGUUGCUUAUAAGAGCUAUAGGUUCCCCAAGUUGGCAAGUAGGGUUAUAUCUUGUCUGCAACUAAUAAAAAUGUGAAAAACAAUAUAUAAAUAAGCAAGUAUUG